CCUGCUCUCUGCUCCCCGUCUUCCAGUCACAACAACACGGCCAGGCCUGAAGCUCCCAACCGCCACACACUAACUUAUCCGGGAGAAUUAAUAAACCAAACCCUGCUACCUUGACUAACACAUACCGUUCGCCCACAACCAGUCCGCCGUGUUUAUCGACACGUCCUGCGUUGCGUGGAGAAUUUCCCCCUGGGGGUGUGUGUUUGUUUUGUUCGCAGCAAGCAACUCCCGCAACAGCGCCCCGGAGGGAGUGACCCUCCACGGCGAGGGGACGGGGAACAGGCCGGUAAACAUAAGCCAGCUGUUAGCGGUGUAGCAUGGUGGAGUAGAGACGGCUGUGGCGUCGACCGCGUCCAGGGACGGUUGAACCUUUAUUAAAUAAGGGCGGUGAUGGCGGGGUCUCUGGUGGCGGCGUGCCGCAGUCUGGCGCUUUCUACGUGGCUACUUUCCUUCUGCUUCGUCCACCUCCUGUGCCUCGACUUCACCGUGGCCGAGCGGGAGGAGUGGUACACCGCCUUCGUCAACAUCACCUACGUGGACCCCGCCUCCUCGGAGCUCCGCACGGAGAAGACGGAGUGCGGACGCUACGGGGAGCACUCUCUGAAACGGGACGCCCGGGGUGCUGUGGCGAUGCCGUCCGCUCCGCAGGACAGGCAGGCGUGCGACCCCAACACCCGGUUCUCGGUGCCCGGGCAGGCCGGGGCGUGGAUAGCCCUCAUCGCCCGGGGGGGGAACUGCACCUACAAGGACAAAAUCCGCCACGCGGCCGGACAGAACGCCUCGGCUGUUGUCAUCUUUAACGUGGGAACGAGCAACUCCAACGACACCAUCACCAUGCCCAACGCAGGUACGGGCGAGGUGGUCGCCAUAAUGAUCCCGGAGCCCAAGGGUCGCGAGGUCGUGGCUCUGCUGGAGCGCAACGUUACGGUAACCAUGGCGAUUAGCAUCGGCACCAGGAACCUCCAGAAGUACGUGAGCCGCACAUCGGUGGUGUUCGUCUCCAUCUCCUUCAUCGUCCUGAUGAUCAUCUCCCUGGCCUGGCUCGUCUUCUACUACAUCCAGAGGUUCCGCUACGCUAACGCACGUGACCGCAACCAGCGUCGUCUAGGGGACGCUGCUAAGAAGGCGAUCAGUAAGCUUCAGGUUCGCACCAUCCGGAAGGGAGACCAGGAGACCAACGCUGACUUUGAUAACUGUGCCGUCUGCAUCGAGGGCUACAGGCCCAACGAGCUGGUCCGAGUACUGCCCUGCAGACAUGUGUUCCAUAAGAGCUGUGUGGACCCCUGGCUGUUGGACCACCGAACCUGUCCCAUGUGCAAGAUGAACAUACUUAAAGCCCUGGGCAUCGCUCUGAAUGCAGACUGUCUGGACGACCUCCCCCUGGACUACGACCUGGUGGUGGGGGGCCCGGGGCUGGGAGCCAUGGGGGCCCUGGCCGUGGAGGCCGGGGUCUCGGGGGCGUCCAGCGAGGGGACCCUGAGCGAGGGGGGGUCGUCGUCGGCGGUGCUGGACCCGGGGGUCCGGCGGCUGGGUCUGCCCCAGGAGUACCACCACCCGGACAACCUGCGGGACAGCCCGGGCACUGCCACCACGGACACGCACACAGGGGAGCUCCAGCCGAUGGCGAGCAGCGCUUCGGUGGCCUCCCUCGUCAUCGCCGUGGAAACGGGCCUGUCAGACGAAGAGGGCUCCCCGGACCCCUCCCCCUCUGUCGAAAAGUCCUGAGAGCAUUUGUCCAGAGCCAGGUCAGCUCCUCUUGGACUUUAGCCUGUCAGAGUCCAACAGAAGCUGGCCCACUGUGACGGGGACUGUGUACGGAGGUCGGGACCUCUUGAAGGAGACGUGGACCGGUCUGCGGAGCAUUAGAACCCCGGUAGAAGGGUGCUCCACAAGGUUCUGUAGCCACAACCCUGUAGAAUGAUCGUCUCCAAUCUGGCGGUUACACCGAACUGAGAGCAGAGAGACUAAACUGGCUCCGAGUAGAUUUCACUCUUGAUACAUUCACUCGGUUACCCAGAAUCCUUCAUGGAUGCACAUGGCGUUUGCCUGCUCCGAAACCAGGUGUGGAACUGGGUUGUUGAUCUGGAUUAAGAUGGGACGUGACCAUUUGUGAAUCUGGGUUUUAGGUCUGGGUUAAUCUGGGAUGGAACAUGUUGUUAAGCUGUGAUUACCUGGUCUGUGUGUGGUCUGAAUAUGGUUACAUGGUUGUCAACCUAAUUCUAGGUCUACCUUAACGUAAAGACAACAUUACUGUUGUAGCUCUGCUCCUGACCCUGACCACACCCCAACCGCAGAAUGCCCCGCCCACCUCUGCCCAUGGCCAAUAAGGGAGGAAGGGGAGGAACCCGAGACCCUCUUCUGGUGAGCCAAGCUCGGACCUUGUGUUUGUGUAUCUUCAUGUAACCCAGCCACAGGAUGGCUUAACAAUCUGAAACAUCGUGUCAACUGGUUACCAGUUGAGGAGAGAUGACGACGAGAGACUAUAUACACUCAUGGGAGAACACUGUUUUUGUAAUUAUUUGGUUUGUAAUUUAGUUGCACAAAUACAAGGACACUGUUGAAAAGCGGAGGACACAAGGUCGAAUAUUAAAGACUUAUUCAUAGGCCCGGAUUUAUAUAAGAUACUUUUAUUUUGAAAGAAGGACCUAUAUUUUGAAAGGACAAAGUGGGACUGCUGUGAGUUACACGGCGGUCAAUAUUCAGUUGGAUUUUAUAAGAAACUUUUAUUUUGAACAGACACUUUAAAACUGAUUUACAUGGUUGUCCAGAUUCCCUGGCUACAUUUCCUGGUUUUCAAUGACUUACUUUGAUUUUUAAAGGAUGACCCUUAUUUUGAAACGAAACACACAAGACUCGUGCGAGAACUACACUACAUGCAGUCCCGAUUGGCUUUUAUGUAUUGGGAAGACACUGACCAAUACAAUUGGCUGUUGGAUGGGACUUUUUAAUUUGUUGUGUGUUAAUGAAUUAUUCUAAACUCCUUUUUAAAUGUAUGAUGUUGACACACAUUUUAUUUAGAUUUCUCUUUCUCAGUGCGACGUGUUGUUGAAUCAGGGUUCCUAUGCUGGAAUAUGUUUAGUAAGGUCAACUCCUCGCCAAACUAAUUGUCUGAUACCUUGGGCCUCUGCUGACCUCGACAAUUUGUGAAGAAUGAAGUAAUUAGCUUGUUUACUGUUCCUUCAUAGUCAACACUACCACAGCGCAAUCACACAAUAAAAUGUCAAAGAAGUUCCAAACGUU